CGGACAGGUAAACAGGGUUUAUCUGACUCGUGUUUUGCGGUUUUAAUGUGUAUAUGUUGAGCUGAGGGCGCUGCCUGAGCUACAAACACAGACGUGAAUGGCUGUUUAGUUAGCUAGCCUCUUUAGCUGCCGAGGGCUAACUUAGCGAUGGCCAGUCAGUGUUAGCAACUCCGUGGAGCUGGCCGCUUGUAGCAGGGCGACGAACGGAAAUGAGUAGAACCAGUCGAGUCCAGCAGCAGAGGGCUGGAGGUGUGUGUGAUGAGAGUGUGUUCAACACUGUAGCGGGUGCUGGGCAGAGUUUUCAGAUGGAUAUCCUAGUGGCCAAGCUGCUCGGCCUGCUGGGAUUGUUUGGUCUCAUGCUAGCUGGUGUACUGGUCCCUGUGCGCCUCCUGCUGGUUGACUAUAACAAGGCACACAGGUACAGGAGGGCGCUGCCUCUCUGUAACUCGUUUGGAGGAGGUGUUUUCCUGGCAACAUGCUUCAAUGCUCUGCUGCCUGCAGUCAGAGACAAGGUCGCCGACGUCUUCCACCAGCUGAAGAUAAGCAGUGAAUAUCCUCUGGCCGAGACCAUGAUGAUGCUCGGCUUCUUCCUCACUGUCUUUGUGGAGCAGACCAUCCUCACCUUCAGGAAGGAGAAACCGUCCUUCAUCGACCUGGAGACCUUUAACGCUGGAGGCUCUGAGGCCGGCAGUGACUCCGAGUACGACACUCCCUUCAUCUCCUCCACGCGGGGCUCGCCAGGCAGUGGUGGUGGUCGCCACUCCCAGGGACACCAGCACGGACACUUCAGCCCUGCUGAGUUGGCAGGGGCUGGGCCUCUGCGGUUAGCCAGCCUGGUCCUGGCUCUGUCAGCUCAUUCGGUGUUUGAGGGUCUGGCGCUCGGCCUGCAGGAGGACGGGGCCAAACUAGGUAGCCUCUUCCUAGGCGUGGCUGUUCAUGAGACCCUGGCCGCCAUAGCACUUGGGGUGAGUGUGGCAAAGGCGUCACUUGGCAUGAAGGACGCCGCCAAACUGGGCGUCACAGUCAGCUUGAUGAUCCCAUUGGGGAUGGUGGUGGGGAUGGGCAUCGAGUCAACUCAGACGCUGGCGGGCGCCGUGGUGUCGGUGGUGCUGCAGGGGCUCGCUGCUGGCACCUUCCUGUUUGUCACCUUCUUUGAGAUUCUGUCUCACGAGCUGAAUGACAAACAGGACCGACUGCUCAAAGUACUAUUCCUCAUCCUCGGCUACGCAGCACUCGCCGCACUCGUCUUCAUCAAGUGGUGAGACACAGGAAGUGCCCUGACACACAGCAGUACCAAAGGGGAGCUCUCAAGUCCACCUGUGAGUAGCAGAAGCAUCUUGAGCAGCUGGAUGAACACAAGCCUCAGCUCUCUGUGAUCUCAUUGGUUAAACAGAAAUAUAAUGAGUUAGUUAUUGAGAAGACAUUUUACAUGAAACCCUGGAGUGGAGUCAAAAACAUCACAGUGGUGCGAUGAGAAGAAGAAUCAGCUUUCAGAGUACACAGAAGUGAACUGCUGUAGGUAACAAAUAUACUUUAAAUAAUAUUUUGUUUCAUUGUCAAGAAAUUAAUCAUUUUCAUUUUUCAAUACUUCUUUUUUGCAAGUUGCCUGCCCCAAAAAAAGUCCAUUGGAAGAAGUACUCAUAACUUUUACUUCAGUUAAAGUACCAAAGUAAAAGUAGUUGUUAAGCUACAUGGCUCAUUUUGGAAUAAUGCAUUAGAAGUAGCAGAAAAAGGAAAAUGCUCAAAGUACAAGUACCUCAAACUGAAACUGCUGAGUCUCUGUGUGACGAGUGGACAUUGAGCUGGAAAACGCAGAUAAAAACACUGGAGCUUUGUAAAGACAGUCACUUUUCAUGUACAUGUGACCUUUGUUUUUAGCAGGUUUUCAUUGUUGUAUGUUUUUAUAUUGUGAUCUUGAAUGGUUUUGUAUUUAUGAUGGUUUGUGUCACCUCAUUGACGUCUCAUAUUUAUCUUGUGUUAGUUGAAAUUAAACUUAUUAUUAUCAAAUGUGA